AUGGAGCUGGAAUACGAGCUGCCCAACGCCACCGCGUUCUGGUUCUCCCCGGCUUCCCCCUUUGACAACUUCUCCGUGGAAGCGCCCACCAACACGUCGCAGAACGCCACGGGCCAUCACUUCGACCUGACCAGCAACGCCAUCCUCACCUUCAUCUACUUUGUGGUCUGCAUCAUAGGGCUGUGCGGCAACACCCUGGUCAUAUAUGUCAUCCUCCGCUACGCCAAGAUGAAGACCAUCACCAACAUCUACAUCCUCAACCUGGCCAUCGCAGACGAGCUCUUCAUGCUGGGUUUGCCCUUCCUGGCCAUGCAGGUCGCCCUGGUGCACUGGCCCUUCGGCAAAGCCAUCUGCAGAAUUGUCAUGACGGUGGACGGGAUCAACCAGUUCACCAGUAUCUUCUGCUUGACGGUUAUGAGCGUUGACCGGUACCUGGCUGUCGUCCAUCCCAUUAAAUCUGCCAAGUGGAGGCGGCCCAGGACAGCCAAAAUGAUCAAUGUGGCCGUUUGGGGAGUCUCCCUGUUGGUGAUCAUGCCCAUCAUGAUUUAUGCUGGGGUGCAGCACAAUCACGGCAGGAGUAGCUGCACCAUCAUCUGGCCAGGAGAGUCGGGUGCCUGGUACACGGGCUUCAUCAUCUACGCCUUCAUCCUGGGCUUUCUGGUGCCUCUCACCAUUAUCUGCCUUUGCUACUUGUUCAUCAUUAUCAAAGUCAAGUCCUCGGGCAUCAGAGUGGGCUCCUCCAAGAGGAAAAAGUCCGAGAAGAAAGUCACCAGGAUGGUCUCCAUCGUGGUCGCUGUCUUCAUCUUCUGCUGGCUCCCCUUCUACAUCUUUAACGUCUCCUCAGUCUCCGUCCUGAUCGUGCCCACGCCUGUCCUCAAGGGCAUGUUCGACUUUGUGGUGGUCCUCAGUUACGCCAACAGCUGUGCCAACCCCAUCCUUUAUGCCUUCUUGUCCGACAACUUCAAGAAGAGCUUUCAGAACGUCCUCUGCCUGGUGAAGGUCAGCGGCAUGGACGAGGCGGACCGGAGCGACAGCAAGCAGGACAAAUCCAGGCUCAACGAGACCACAGAAACCCAAAGGACCCUGCUCAAUGGUGACCUGCAGACGAGCAUCUGA